AUGUCGGAGCCCGAGGAGGAGCUGCGGGAGGACCCGGGGGACGGCGCGGAGGGGAAAAAGAAACACGAGAAGCGGAGCGGGAAGAAGAAGAAGGAGAAGAAGAAGAAGGAGACGGAGAAGGAUGAAGAGCAGCAGGUGGAGGAAGAGGAGGAGCUGCAGGAGCAGAGCGAGCGUGUUGUUCUGCGAGGGAUCUUCAAACUGGGCAAGAAGAGUCAUGACGUCCUGCUCACUCGAACAAGGCUGACUUGGACCCCCAUCGUCCCGGAGGACCCCACAGGUGAGGUCUGUGCGGCGCAGCCCGGCCUGCUGCUGCUCCGGGACGUCUACGCGGUGAAGGUGAAGCGGCGGCGGGCGGCGGGCCAGCAGUCGGGGGGGCCCGUGCUCGGCGUGGCUCUCUUCCACUGCAGGAGGAGGGGGAGGCGGCUCGAGGAGGACACGCUGCACCUCCACAACGCCUCAGCGGAACACACACACGCCUGGUACAACAAACUGAAGGAGGUGCUUACAGACUUCAAGACUCGUCCCAGGUACGUGAAGGUGCUCAUCAACCCCAGCAGCCAUAAGAAGGAGGCCGUGCACAUCUACCGGGAGCACGUGGCGCCGCUCUUCAAGAUGGCCGACGUCCGCACGGACAUCACCGUAACAGAGAGGAAGGGUCACGCUCUCUCAGUGAUGAAGGAAUGCAAACUGGAAGAGUAUGAUGGGGUGGUGUGUGUCGGCGGCGACGGCUCGGUGGCCGAGGUGUGUCACGCUCUGGUCCUCAGAGCUCAGCUGGACGCCGACUCUCCAGAAACCCCGGUGAGGUCCUCGGUGCCGCUGGGCAUCAUCCCCGCCGGAUCCACAGAUGUGGUCUCCUGUUCCGUUCAUGGAGUCAGGGAUCCAGUCACUGCAGCCCUGCACAUAGUUCUAGGUCACCUGCAGCAGGUGGACAUGUGCAGCUUCUCCUCGCUCGGCCAGCUCGUGCGCUUUGGCUUCUCCGCCAUGUUCGGCUUCGGCGGGCGGAGCCUGGCCCGGGCCGAGAAGAAGAGGUGGAUGUCGUCGUCACGGCGACGAGAGUACGCUCUGGUGAAGACACUGGCCAGACUGAGACCAGAAGAGUGUCAGCUGUCAUUUUUACCUGUGAAGAAACCCAGCAGAGAUCUGUUCGGAUGUCGGGUCCAGGACCAGGAUGAGGAGCAGCACCCAGACACAGCUGGAGAAGGAUCCUGGAGCAGCAGUCAGGGCCUGUAUCUGAGCAUCAGCGUCAUGUCCAUCCCCUGUCUGAGCCCACACGCCCCUCGAGGCCUGGCCCCCAACACCAGUUUGGCCAACGGCAGCGCGGCGCUGAUCGCGGUGGGAAACACCUCCAGGUCAGAGUUCAUCAAGCACCUGAAGCGAUACGGCAGCUCCAGUGGACAGUUCAGCUUCUCCUUCGUGGAUGUGCACGAGGUCUCGGCGGUGAGGAUCCGGCCGUGCUCGCAGGUCUGCUGGUCAGAGGAGGAGAGCGAGGAGGAGGGCGACUCCAAAACCACACCCAUCAUCCAGUCGGAGGGAGCCUCCUUCCCCUGGAACAUCGACGGAGAGCUGGUGGAGAUCGCCAACGAAGUGCUCGUCAGGGUCCAUCCCAGACUCAUCACGCUGUACGGAGAGGACGUGGACGAGGCCGAGUCCACCGUCUCCUGCAGUUGCAUCUGAACACAGCAGAUGGCGC